AUGGUGGAAAUAGAAAAUUGUCAUUCAGGAAACUCAAAACGUACUUUAAAGGAGGCUUUUCCAGCCGGUGAUUGCACUGAUUGGGACUCUGCAGCCGCUAAGUGGUUUAGUGAUGCCACUUGGAGGUUGAAACGGAAGAAAGAAGAACCCAAGAAACACAAAUCCUCAAAACAAAAAACAUUUAAACCUCGUUCGGACGAGAACCCGAGUUCCAACCAAGGUUUCUGGGGAGGUUUUUGCGAACUUUCUGAAACUUGUCAGAAUUUAGAGGAUUUUCGUUUGGUUCUUAACAGCCCUGGCGAGUCUCCGAUUGCCUUCGUUCGUUUCCUAUGGUCCUGGACGCGCAUCCUAGCGCACCCCGAGGUGACCCUCAGGCGGACUGCAGUGAAGGAGUGGGCGCGCUGCCACGAGCAAGAGGGCCUGGCUGGCUUGGAGACCAGACCCAAGACGGGCCGACCCAGGGCCACCACGAGGGAGCAGGACGUGGACCUCGUGUCCAGCGUGGACGCCAUCAAGAAGACUGCGGUCACCACGGUGGUGCGUGAAGUGUUCCCGGACUACCCAGCGUCCAUGACCACCGCUUGUCGGAGGUGUGACUCGACCUAUGUGCAUAAGAAAAGCCUGUAUAGGCACAUGCGCACAAAGCAUGAUUGUGAUCCGCCAAGUGAGGAAAAGAUAGGUGAAGUUUGCUAUGUGUGCGAUAAAGUGUUCUCCAGUAUCUCAGUACUAAAUCGUCACCUAAGAGAGCAGCACAAAGUUCAGCCACAAACAAAAAGAUCAAAGCUCCUCUGUCCAUCAUGUGACGUUAUGUUUCCCUCAUCCACAAGCAUGGAUAUGCAUUUGAAACAUGACCACAGUAAUGACUUAUCUUCUUCUCAAAUGAAUUUUCAGAGAAUUGAUGAUUUCUAUGUUUGGAAAGAAGAAAUGGAGAGAGGAACAAACUCUUUGUAUAUUCAGCAUGAAGGUGCAAGGAGGCUCGAUCAUGGAGAAAGAAGAUAUUAUUAUUGCCACAGGUCUGGAAACUCAAGGAAGGUAGAAGCUCCAGAUAGGAUCCGAUGGAAGGAAUCACCAAAAAUUGAGCGUUACUGCCCUGCUCGAAUUACUGUAACAGAAGUCAAUGGAAAAGUAUCAGUAGUGCACCACAAGGAUCAUGUUGGGCAUGAUUUUGAUUUGGGCCACCUGCGACUCAACAAAAAUGAAAGGGCCAUGCUUGCUGCAAAACUACAAUCAAAAGUUCCCAUGAAUGACAUCCUUGAUGAUAUAAGAGACAGUGUUACCGAAGAAGGAGGAUUAUCAAGACUGCAUCUGCUGGACAAGCGAGAUUUGUUAAACGUCAUUAAGGAAUUCAAGCUUGAUAAGAACAGAGCGCAUGAUAAUGACGCAAUGAGUGUUGAUAUGUGGGUAGCAGAGCAGCAAGCAAAAGAUCACAACAUUGUGGCUUACUACAAACGACAGCACGAAGUAGAUCCAUGUGGCGUACUGGCAGAAGACGACUUCAUGGUUGUACUAAUGACUGACUAUCAGAAGGAGAUCCUCCAAACGUAUAGCACAGACAAGACUCUAAUUGACAGCACACACGGAACGAACAAAUAUGACUUUCAACUAACCACCCUUAUGACUGUAGAUGAGUUCGGAGCUGGGUGUCCAGGCGCUUAUUGCAUUAGUAACAGGAUUGACACUGACAGCAUGACUGUCUUCUUUGAGGCGGUGAAAAGAAGAUUGGGCACAUCCAUUUCAACCAACAUCUUCAUGUCCGAUGAUUAUCCUGCCUAUUACAAUGCAUGGGCAGCCGUAAUGGGACCUGCCAGACAUCGCCUAUUGUGCACAUGGCAUGUUGACAGGGCUUGGAGAACACAGCUCAAACAAAAAGUGAAUGACGUUAAAGCUCCAGAAGUUUAUAAAGGGUGCAGAGUACUCCUUGAGUGCAAAGAUCCUGAGAGACUUGAAUCACUGAUCGUAAACUUCAUUCAACUGUGUGAGAGCGAUGAAGAGACCAAUGAAUUUGGGAGGUAUUUUAGAAAGCACUAUGCCAACCGCAUCAACAUGUGGGCCUACAGUCAUCGUCAGAAACUUGGAUUAAAUACAAAUAUGUAUUUAGAAGCUCUGCACAAAAAAUUAAAGUAUUGCUACUUUGAUGGAAAAUGCAACAGGAGAAUUGACAAUUGUAUUGCUGCUCUACUUCAGCUUACAAAGAACCUCCUAUUUGAACGGCUGAUUAGGCACCACAAACAAAAGCCAACAUCUAGGAUGCUAGCAAUAACACAGAGCCAUAAGAAGGGUGCACAGAUCCCACCAGAAUUUAUUGAGCAAGUAGAUCAUGCAGAGUGGACGGUCAAAUCUCAAGUUCGGACAAGAGGGCCAUACACUGUUAAUAUGACUGAAGAUCUGUGUGAAGGCUGUCCUCUCCAUUGCCCACAGUGCCAGAAGUGUGUCCAUCAGGUCUCCUGCACUUGCGAAGACCAUCUCAUAAAGCUCAACAUCUGCAAACACAUCCAUGCCGUCAUUGUCCAUUCCACAUUAAAAUCCUUUGAACCAAUCGCCAACAAAAUUAAGGAGAAAGAAGUUCAGGCAAUUGUCACAGAAGCUGCUCACCAUGAAAAUUUUAGAGACGGAGUUUCCAAGGCCACCAAACUGAAGUCUACAAUUCAGAUGAUUGCUGGAUUGGCACUUCAGGUUCCACAAGACAAAAUGGACAGAGCAAUAUCUGGUGCUGAUCGCCUUCUUAAAUUUCUGCAAGAAGUGAUUAAGACUCCAGAUUCCAUCCUGCCUAGCUUUCCUGAGGUGGCACAGCAACCUGCAACAAAAAAAGUUAGCCCUCAACGAAAGUUUAAAUCAACCAAGAAAGUUUGCAAAAAACAGACAAGAGCACUUGUAAAACCAGGUGACGCCCAGAAAGUUCUGAUGGAAAUAGUGCUCCAAAAUGAAGAUUAUCACAACAAAGAAAUUUUUGAAUAUUUCAAGCCAAAUGGAAACAGAUCAUGUUUAUUUCUGAUUGUAUAUUCCUAA